AUGCCAGGUCACAUCAGCAAGGGAAAUAUCGUACAGACUCAAGUUCAUCCACUCUCCGCCCAUCCAAACCUCCCCUCUUCCUCCUCCCAAUCCUCCGCUCAGGUGGGCUUGGCGUCCCCAGCCUUAUGGCAGCGUCUCAAAGCACUUCAAGACCCCUCUCGUCUGGAAGACCCACAGCACAGUAGACCCUUCCCGAGUAGUCCUUCACGUAUCGACGUAGCUAUAGAAUGGCCAGAAGAGCGCCGAGUGGGUAAGGGUAAACAGCGAGCUCUCGUAGUGUGGAUAGAAGAGGAUGAGACGGAACACGAGACAAACAGGCUCUACCUUCCCCUUUCUCUUUUCCCACCAUACUCGAACCCACCGCUCGUCUGUAGGAUAUCUCACCAUCACCCUAUCUCACUGUCCUUGGUCAUCCUACAAGCUAUUGCACCUAGCCAAGAUACUCACUAUAUCCCUCCUACGCUAACGGAGCUCGACCUUAAACCCCUGUAUACAGAUGAAGUAUCCUCAAUCUCCUCCGCACAUCGCGACCUCCUCAUUGUCGAUCUGCUCUCCCAAAACGACCUUCCCCCUGAACGUUUCCGUAUUCUCAUGACAGAACCUGUCCAACAAGGUAUCUUCACUCCAACGACUCGAAUCAUCAUCUCUCCCGUUCCUCAUGUUCCAGAUCCGACCGACGGACUAUGGCCCGAAGACGAUCUAGCUAGUGAGAGCAGUCAUGGAAAUACUCAUUUGAGCAUGGUCAAUUUCGACUCUGAUUCUUUUCUAUCAUCCGGCCUCACACUCUCUACCUCUUCCCCCCGCGAUCUUGUUCCAUUCUCCGACGAGACCGAUCUGGCACAUUCCGUCACAUCCUCCACAAGUGGAUCUGUCACUCCUAGACCUCCCGGAACCCCAAGGACACCCUCACCACCAGUAGCCGCGGAAGAUCUCAUCCCUUACGAGGCAGAAAAUGGAGCUCGCUUCACUGCCGUCAAUGCAUUAGGACCAGCAGCCAGUUAUUCCGUGGUUGACCAGAUGGACGUUUGCUGGGUAGGAGUAUCUGGGUUGGGUAGAGCGGGUAUAUUUGAAGGUGAUUGGGUAUUGCUCAAAUCGAUAACGAACACAGGUCCUUCGUCCAGCCGACUGGUAAAAGCUCUCGCUUGGGAGAAAUUGGAUGAUCACGCGGAGCAUGGGAUGCGGAUUGUCAGGCGAGGCGAUAUUAUCUCGGUUCCUGUUCGAAUGGGAAAGCCUCUACCGGUGUCCAAUGGACUCCAAGCGGACCAGGACGAGACAAUUGAUGAUUUUGAAAGCGAUCCAGACGACUGGGGCUCAGACGGGUUUGAUGAGAAUACCGAUAUCAUUCAGCCGAAGUCGCCGUUCAAACCAUUUACCGGCCUCGUGUUCUUCAUCGUCACUUCUCUCUCAUUCGAACCACUGGUGUCGCUAGAAGAAGACUUCUCAUCGUCCGUGUCAUCGAAAGCCCGCGCGGGUGAAUUAGGAUGUUGGGUCAAUGUUGGUAAAAAUGGAAUCACUCGGAUGGUCUUGAACGGGGUGGAUCGGGCUGGGAUUCAGUUGCGUGAUAUUGAUCGCCAUUGGAACGGAUUGAGUUUCAUGCCAACUCCUUACGAUGCUGUCAACGCUACGACAUUGAGAGAUCUGCUGUCCACAGGCAUCUACUCUCUCUCAAAGCACAGAAUUCCUCCUUCGUCUGUGUUGAUCAUAGGCGAUCGGGGAGCCGGAAAGCGUUCAUUUGUGGAAUCGAUAGCGAAUCAUUGCGGCCUCAGCGUAAUCUUUGUCAGUCCAACGUUGCACCUUGACGCCUGUCGAGCUGACAAUCAGGUUGAGUGUUAUGAUCUCGUCGGCGAUACUUUCACCUUCACCGAGGGCACCCUUGCCGCUCUUCUGGAGAAAACCAAAGCUUGCGCGCCUUCCAUCCUACUCUUACAUCACCUCGAAGCACUGGCUCAAAAGUCUGAAGCAGCCAACACUGGUCGUCUGACGGCUUCGGCAAAGCUCGUCGAGGAUGCGUCGGAGUUCCUGCGUAAAGCCUCUCUGGAGACUGGAUGGCCCUGCGUCUUAUGUGGCACGACGAGGGAUGAGGACGCAGUCCCUGCAGGUAUUCUGGGAUGCUUCAAGCGCGAGAUCAAAUUGCAAGCUCCGAAUGAGGAGCAAAGAGCGACUGUCAUUCGGAAUGCUCUGCAAGAUAAAGAAGUAGCACCUGAUGUCGAUCUUAAACAACUCGCUAUUCAGACAGCGGCUUUACGCCCGGGGGAUAUUCUCAGUCUCACUCGUCGAGCUUCCGACGUGGCUUUCGACCGAGCUAUGAAAGAAAGUCAUCGAUCAGCUCUUGAGGUCAGACACGCAGGAGUAGCCGUCAUUGCGGCAGACAUGAUAAGCUCCGUGAACAGGGCGAAGAAAUCUUAUGCGGAGAGGAUCGAUGCUCCUAGAAUUCCAAAUGUAUCGUGGGAUGACGUUGGGGGAUUAGCGUCUGUCAAGACGGAUAUAUUGGAUACGAUUCAACUACCUCUAGAUCACCCUGAACUUUUCGCCGAGGGUUUGAAGAAGAGAUCUGGUAUUCUUCUCUAUGGUCCUCCAGGCACAGGGAAAACUCUUUUAGCCAAAGCCGUAGCUACUUCCCUUUCCCUCAACUUCUUCUCUGUCAAAGGACCAGAACUGCUCAACAUGUACAUCGGUGAAUCAGAAGCCAACGUCCGUCGUGUCUUUCAACGUGCACGUGAUGCAGCACCCUGCGUCAUAUUCAUGGACGAACUCGAUUCCGUCGCUCCUAAACGAGGCAACCAAGGUGAUUCCGGAGGAGUUAUGGACCGAAUAGUUUCACAACUCUUAGCAGAAUUGGACGGAAUGUCUUCCGGUGGAAAAUCAGACGUAUUCGUUAUGGGAGCUACGAACCGACCCGAUUUACUCGACCCCGCUUUGCUUCGUCCUGGAAGAUUCGAUCGGAUGCUCUACCUUGGUGUCCCGAACUCCCAUCAAGCACAGUUGAGUGUAUUGAAAGCUCUCACGAGAAAAUUUAAACUUCAUCCGGAAUGUGAUUUGGAAGAAGUGGCCGAAAGAUGUCCUUUCAACCUUACCGGAGCGGACUUCUAUGCUCUAUGUUCAGAUGCCAUGUUACGAUCUAUGACACGAUUGGCAGAAGAAGUGGAUGAGAAGAUUGAACGAUUCAACUCUGAACCUCCGCCAUACAAAUUUCCGUAUCCCAUGACACCUCAGUAUUACCUCUCGACUUUGGCUCAACCGGAGGAGAUCCAAGUUCAAGUCACACGAGAUGACUUUUGGCAUGCAUUAGAGGGACUGAUACCUAGUGUAAGUGAGGGUGAAAUGGAACAUUAUCGGAGAGUGCAAGGCGAGUUUCAAGGUUACGCGAUUGGCAAUAAGAGUAAUGGGAUCGCAUAG